AUGCCUCGUCCUGCAGAGUGGGAGGUAAUUGUGAAAAAAAAUAUCAGCUGUGUUGGUCAAUGUAUCUGUGAUAUUUGGCAGUCAUCAGCAUUCACAAUUCCCAUCGGUAAAUUAAUGAUCGUGUCAUGUCCAGACAAGCGACUACUGCUCAUGACAAUCCAAAAUGCAAUAACGAUUGAACAGUUUGAUGUUAUUGUUGAACAUGCAACAACGGCAAUCCAAAAAUUUGAGAACGUUUCGGUUGUUAUUAAAUCGAAAAAGAAUGAUUUGUUGAGUCUGGCUAUAGCAUAUGCCUCGACCGUACCAUAUAUGCGUAUUGUCGACUGCAGCUAUAUGUAUCGAGGUGAUACAAUAAAUAAGUACGUUAACUGUACUGAGUUAAAUGAAGCAAUGCGAAAUAAAUACAAAAUAAAUUCAUUGUUCCCAUUAAUCACUUUACAUGCCUUAACGGGUAGUCAAUAUACAUCGGCAAUCCGAAACAUCACGAAAGCUACCGUAAUCAAUACCUAUUUUCAAAAUAUGUCGCAAUAUAAAUACAUUGAACAUUUGGGUCAACUAUCAUUGACAAAUGAAAUUGGUGACGCGUGCGAAAACCUUUUUCUUCAGGCGUUGAAAUCUGGUUGUUGGACGUUGGACGAAGAGCGUCACUUAAUGAUAAGGAAAGCGUCGAGAAAAUAUGAAGAUAUAACCGCACUCAAAGCUCUGCCAUCAAUCACUAAUGCUGCUCAACAGCAUUUUAAGCGAGCUUCUGUAGUUGUGAAUACGUGGUGUCAAAAUGCACAGCCUGAUAUAUGCCAAAAUAAUGGUUACGAAACGGUCAACGGCACUUUGAAUAUUAUAUGGAUAACAAAGCCGAUAGCUCCCGAUGCCUCGCAAAUAAUUGCAUGCGGAUGUAAAACGGGUAACUGCAAAUCCUGUUCAUGCGAAAAAAACAAUCUUAAAUGUGUACAAAAAUAUUGCUCAUGUGACGAAGCCAAAUGUACGAGACGGUGA